AUGGCUCUUUGGCUCCUUUUGAUUUUCCUUUGGGCAGAGGGUAGAGGAGCGCAAGAUCUUGGUUUCCAGGCCUGUAAGACUGCUGGUGGCUUGAAAGUGCUGGAAGUGGUGCCCGGGGGUGGCUGGGACAACUUGCGCAAUGUGGAGAUGGGACAAGUGAUGAGCCUCAAUUACUCCCUGUGCCGGACCACCGAAGAUGGUGAAUACCUCAUUCCUAAUGAUGUCUUUGUGGUGCCCCACAAGAAGAGCACGGUGGAAGUGCACUCAGAGCUUAUUGAGGACUGGAUGGCGUAUACAGAUGCCUUUGCCCAAUCCAUCAAUGUCGAGGCUUCCUUCCUUUCUGUGCUUAACGGCAAGUUCUCAGAGAGUUCCCAGAAGACCAAGAUGCACAAUGUCUAUGACGAAACCAUCACCACACGAGUGCAGGCACGGUACCACAUCUACUCUGUGAAAGCUCGUCCAUCCUUCACCUUCCAGAAGGACUUCCGCCACCAACUUGUGGGCAUUGGCAACCAGCUGGAGAACAACCAGAGCCGAAUCGCUGAGUACCUAGCAGAGAUGCUUGUUCUCAACUAUGGCACACAUGUCCUCACAGAUUUGGAAGCUGGAGCCAGCUUAAUACAAGAGGACCAAGUGAAGCGCAGUUUUGUGAUGGAUAAAGAGACAGAGAAAGGAGGAGUCACUGCUUCAGCAUCUGCCACAUUUUUCAGCAAGAUCAAUGAGGGAAUUGGUGCCUCUGUGCAAAUCCAAGAUGAGCUGACUAAGAGCUAUCUAGAGAACACCGUGGAUUCCAAGAUUGAAGGCUGGGGCAGUAUGCCCUUCUAUCCUGGCAUCACCCUCCAGAAGUGGCAGGAGGGCAUCCCCAACCAUUUAGUGGCCAUAGGCAAAGCUGGGUUGCCUCUGCCAUUUUUCAUCACCCCUGAGGCCUUGCCAGAAUUGCCAGGACCUACCGUCAGGCAAGUGGCCACCACAGUAAAAAAUGCUAUCCGCCUCUAUUAUGCUGUCAACACCCACCCAGGCUGUGUCAAGCCUGAUUCUGGUAAUUUCAACUUCCAAGCUAAUGUAGAUGACGGGUCGUGCCAGAAACCCAACACCAACUUCACUUUUGGUGGAGUCUUCCAGGAGUGCCACGGUGUAUCUGGCAGGAAUACAGAACAGCUUUGCCUGACUUACCGUAUCCAGAACCCACUGACAGGUAGCUACUCUUGUCCGGCUAACUUUUCCGCAGUAUUACUGCACGGAGAGGAACGUACAACUAGCAAACCUGAAACCGAGUGUCACAAGGAAUGUAAUUCCUGCUGGCUGUUCUUUAGCUGCUGCAGUACUGUGUGUGGUACCCGCUACUAUGCCAGCACAGUGCAGUUCAAUUCCUACUGGUGUGCUGCUACAGGAACAGUGCCUCAGGGCUCAGGUGUCCUCUUUGGAGGGCUGUAUAGUCCUGGGCAAGAGAACCCAGUUUCCAGGACCUAUGCUUGUCCAUCCUACUUCUUUCCACAGGUGCUGUUUGAUAAUCUAAAGGUGUGCAUCAGCAGUGACUAUGAGAUGGGAUCUCGUUUUGCAGUGCCCUUUGGUGGCUUCUUUAGCUGCCAGACUGGCAACCCUUUGGCUGGGUUACUGAAAGGACAGAGCCCUGGGAUCUUACAGGACUUUUUCUACCAGGGCUCCCCUACCAAAUACCCCAUGAAAUGCCCAGCUGGAUACAGCCAACACAAGGCCUACUUGAGUGAUGGCUGCCAAAUCCUCUAUUGCUUGCAGGCUGGGACACUUUUUGGCCAGCAGUUAGCUCCUAUCAAGCUGCCACCCUUCUUACGUGUGCCAUCCCCCAACGCUAGCCUUCCUGAAACCAUCCUGGUGAGCUCUGAUGACAACCAGGCCUGGGUGAAAACACACCAGAGUGGGAGCUGGAGAUUGGCCAAUGACACAGAUGAAAAGGCGAUGGCCCUUCUUUUCCAGGGACAGUUGAGUUCAGGACCAAGUGGGGGCACCAUUGCUGGAAUCUCAGUGGCGGUGAUUGCUGUCUUGGCAAUAGCCAUUGCUAUAGCUGUUUAUAGGGCCUGGCGUUACAAGAACAGAGGAUACCAGGAAAUGCAAAACCCACAUAUAGUAGAAGAUCCAGGCAGCUAUGGAGCCACCGCGUCUUCUCCACAACUCAGUGCUGCCUGA